AUGAAAUUUAAGCGCCGCACAACUCAACGACAGUUGAGCCGGGCGGCAACUCUGAAUACGGCUCAUGAAGAAUUUGCCACAGCCCGUCGCCCCGGCCAUGAUACCGUACAACCAGCGCCUAGAGCAACGACCCGCACGAGAGCUCAAGUUCGCCCCGGUUCUGUCGAGUCAACCCGUCAACCCGAGUUCGCCCCGCUGGAUGUGCCCGUCAGCACAUCUCGCCCAAGUGUGGUUGAGUCGACCCGUCAACCCGAAUCUGCCUCGUGGGGUGUGCCUACCAGUACAUCCCACCAUUCCCGUGAGGAAGAUGUCUCUCGCACCGAAGUGGUUGUCGAUCCCGUUAGUGGCAGUCGUCAUCAGGCCGAGGGUAGCCGCCCGUCUUCUUUGGCCAGCUCAAGGUCUUUGGUUGCCGCCAGCAUUUCGUCUUCUCAUCGUUCGCGGAGCUCUUCCCUUUCGGCUCUGACUAGAGAACGCCUUGCUGCCGAACUCGACCUUGAACUGGCCCGCAAGCGGCGAGAAGAAGAAAAGAAUGAAAAUGACCUUCUGAACGAGCUAGCCCGUAAGUUACGUGAGGAGAAGAUUCGUAUCGGGGCCAAACGAAAGGAACGGAAAAUCGAGGAAGAAAUCGCACGUCUUCGUAUGAACGAGAAGUUGUCAAAGAGGUCUGUUCGUUCGCCUUCGCCGACCUCCUUGAGUUCUUUCAGUGAACCAGAUGACGAUAUCCAUAUUCCGUUGCCGAAGAGUAAGCCUCGCGACAAAGUGCUGCUUCCCACCGGGCCAUCCGACAAGAGCGCAGAUAGCUGGAUCGACGAUCUGGGACAGAAACCGACGGUCUUACCCGCUGCAGCGCCCAUGCCUUGGAUGUUUGGAGGUUCGGCCCCGUUCACGUGUAGGACACCGUUUGAUGGCGACCCUCGAGAUUGGCUUCUCUUUGCCUCAAGAUUUCGAGCCCUCGUCCACGACGUCAUUCCGAACGAUGCCCAGCGUUGGCCAUUCGAGUGGGUUGGCUCUAGCGUUUUUCGCCGCAUCUCCCCAUUGUUAAAGGCUCCUCGUGGGUACACUGCAGUUCUUGCCUAUCUUAAGAAGCACUACGGUUCGAGCGAGCAGAUCGCUCGCUGUCAAAUACACGAUCUUGUUAGUCUUCCCUUCGUCAAGCCGGGUGAUCGCCAGGCGCUUGAAAGUUUUUCUGAUCAGCUGCACGGAGCUGUUGUGGUGUUGGAACAAGAGGGAUUGGAGCACGAUCUUAAGAGGGCUGCUAAUCUUGAUCAGGCAGUACAGAAGCUGCCACCUGUCUUUCGCCAUCGCUGGGCCCGUUACGCACGUAAGCGUUUACCGAAAGGUGUCGACCUUAGCGACUUGGAUCGGUUCAUGGAAGAGGUCGUGGAAGAGGAGCGGAUGGCUCGUUCGGCAUUCGAGUUGGCGCCUAAGAUUGAUCUUCGUGAAAAGCGUGUUACGUUUCCCAAGCCAGCCGUUGAAAAGCACCCUUCAAGCAGAUCUGCAAUUCUGAAACCGCCACCCGUUCGGCCACCCCCUACCAUCUUAGCAACCCAAGUAGCGAAAGACGUAGAUGUCGAGUGUCCAGGCUGCGGCGGCGCUCAUCGACUUGUUUCUUUCCCCGAAUUACAGAGGAAGUCACCGAGUGAACGAGCGCUGGUGGCGAAGGAGAAAGGCGUAUAUUUCAACUGCCUUGGAGGAAAGCACCGCAGUGCGGAUUGUCGUUCAAAACCCGCUUGUGAAUCCACCGGAUGCCGUGCACGUCAUCAUUCGCUGUUGCAUGGUGCGGAGAGAGUUUUUCCUGAGAAAAGCACACCUCGUCAGUUCCCGUCUUCCGUCGGAGGCCAAGAAUGUUUUCAAGGACCUCAAACACUCGCCAUUGCUCCCCGCCUGACAUCUGAUGUUCUCUUGGCCGUGGUUCCUGUCCGACUUCGUGCGGGUUGCCGGACUCUUGACGUUUUCGCCCUGCUCGACACCGGGAGCCAAGCUACCCUUUUGCGUGAAGACGCGGCUAAUGCGCUUGGUCUUACGGGCCAGCCACGCAAAAUUCGUUUUGGAACCUUCCAUGGGAAAGAUCCGGUCGUCGAGACUCGCCUUGUGGGCUUCUCCGUUUCGUUGCUAGAGGGAGACCAAAGCUAUAAGGUUUCCGAUGCCUUUGUUGUGCCUCGUCUAAAUGUUGGGCAACGCAAGAUAAAAGAUGUUCUCGCUUCGUUCGAUUAUCUUUGCGACCUCAACUUUCCUGCUCGAGACGCUGGUGAAGUCCAGAUUUUGAUCGGGAUGGACGUUCAAGACGCCCAUCUAAACAUCGAGGUUCGUCGCCCUCCAACUGGAGUUCGGGGCCCUAAUGCUGUGCUCACCCCAUUUGGCUGGUGCGUUGUUGGAAGGACCCAUCCAUUACCGGCAGUGGAAGAUCCAAGCAUAAAUUUUGUUAAGCUGGGAACGAUCGAGCAGCUGGAAGAGUGCGUCGAAAGGUUUUGGAAAACCCAAUCUCUCCCAGUUCGUGAGGCCCCCAGUACAUUUAUGUCGUCGUCAGACCGUGCCGCAAUGGACCAACUCGAAUCAACCAUUCGGCACACUGGAAGGCGUUACGAAGUAGGCUUGCCUGUUCGCCCGCAUUGCCCGAAGUUGCCGGACAACAAAGAGUUAGCACGUCGCAAGUUCCUCGCACUGGAGAGGAGACUUCUUUUACACAACGACCUUCGCCAAGCAGUUACGGCGCAGAUGAAGGAGGUGUUUUGCAGCGGCCACGCAGUGAAAGUCACUUCUACAGCUCCCGGUUCCAAGGUGUGGUUCCUACCUUAUCAUCCGGUUCGACAUCCAACGAAGCCCAGCAAGAUUCGUAUCGUUUACGACGCUGCUGCCCGGUUUAAAGGAACCGCGAUCAACGACAUCCUACUGAAAGGUCCGGAUCUCACCACGCAGUUAUUGGCCGUGCUGCUUCGGUUCCAUUGCACAAGGUUUCGUUUUUUGUGGCGCGAGCCUGGAACCGAAGAUCCUAUCCAGGAAUUCAAGAUGACGGUGCACAUUUUCGGUGCUGUCUCAUCGCCAAUUGUUUGCAGCUUUGCCCUUCAGCGCCUCGAAAAGGAUGCGCCCGAACACCUGAAGGAAGUCGCGAGUCGUAUUCGUUCCAGCUUUUAUGUGGACAACCUGUUGUCGUCGUUCGACGAAGUGGAUGAAGGCGUUUCCAUCAGUCAGAAGCUGGUUGAACUACUCAAGCUCGGUGGUUUCGACCUCGUCCAGUUUCUGAGCUCUUCGCGUUCGUUUUUGGACCAACUUCCGUCUUCCUCUCGUCUGGUUCCCGAGCUCGAUCUAGAUUUCGACGAUUUGCCCACCGAGCGCACGUUGGGGUAUCUGUGGAGUUCACCCGUCGUUUUGGUGGCGAAAAUCAUCCUUCAGGACAUCUGGCGACUCAAAGGUGGCUGGGAUGAGAUUCUGCCCGCCGAUAUUCUGAAUCGUUGGGGGCGCUUUGUGGAACAUCUGCUGAUGCUCGAACUGCUGAACAUUCCGAGAAACGGUUUCGGUGUUGUAAUUUAUCUUCGAGCUGAAACCUCUGGCGAGGUCGAAGUCUCUUUCGUAAUGGCAAAAGUAAGAGUUGCUCCCAUCCAUCAGUUUUCGAUUCCGAAGAUGGAGCUUCAAGGUGCUUUGCUAGCAGUCAGGUUAGCAAACUAUCUGUUGGAGGAGAUGACUCUGCCCCUAUCGAAUGUGUUUUUCUGGGUUGAUGCGAUGACUGUUGUUCGGUGGAUCCACGCCAGCCAUCGUCGUUACAACGUGUUCGUCGCAAACAGAAUAGCUGAGAUCCUGGAUUCAAUGACCCCUUCGCAAUGGAGACAUGUUCCUGGUGUACUUAACCCAGCAGACGAAUGCAGUCGUGGUCUCUGUCCGUCCGAACUCGAUCCAAAUCAUCGCUGCGGGCCAGUAGAUGACGUUGUGGCACGAGCCGAUAAUCUACAUCGCCUAAUUCGCAUCGCCGCUUGGAUUGAAAGAUUCGUUCGCAACAUCCAGAUCCUCGUUCAUCGGAGACGUGCCAGAGAAAGGUCUAUUCUGGAUGGCAAUCAUGAAGAAGCAGCGACCGGACAAAGUGAGCAGUUGAAAACGGGCCGGCAGCAGAGUGCGGACGAGCUGAAGUCAGCCCGUCGCCUUUUAAUUCGUGUUUCGCAGCGCAACUCCUUCCCUGACGAUUUAAGCAGUUUGCGGAAGGCGAAGUCCGUUCGCCCGGAGUCUCGGUUGCUGAAACUGACCGUUUAUCUAGAUGACGCCGGAAUCAUUCGUGUUGGUGGCCGCCUCGAAAAUGCCCCCAUCAGCGCUGAAGCCCGUCAUCCUGCCGUUCUGGAACCCAAGCAUCCGCUCACCCGAUUGCUCAUACGCUGGGCGCAUAUUUCCGUGGCUCAUGGACGAGCUGAUCGCACUCUUGCGGAAGUUCGUGCUUCCUACUGGGUUUUGAAAGGUCGCAAAGCGACAAAGUCGGUCACCACGACUUGCCUGUAUUGUUCCCGCAUGAGAGCCAAGCCGUUUCAGCCGAUGAUGGCCCCGCUUCCAGCGGAGCGGGUCCAACCGUUCAGCCCUCCAUUUACCCGUAUUGGAGUAGACUACCUCGGUCCCUUCCCUAUUUCAAUUGGCCGGCGAACAGAAAAUUCUCGUCGGGGUGCCCCGACCGAUGUUUUUAGCGACAACGAUACCAAUCUGACAGCAGGAGAACGUGAGCUGCGUGAGACGGUUACCCGCCUUAACGACGUGAAAAUCGCUGACCAACUUGCUCAGAAAGAGAUUCGUUGGCACUUCUCUCCGCCUGCUGCCCCGCAUUUCGGAGGUGUUUGGGAGCGUCUGGUUCGCUCGUGCAAGGAGGCCCUGCGCGCUAUCCUCGGUCAGCAGACGGUGAAGGAGGAAACCUUUGCAACGGUCGUCAUCGAAGUUGAGGGCCUACUCAACAAUCGACCGCUGACGGAUCUAGGUGCGGACCCGCAAGAAUUCGAGCCGUUAACCCCGAAUCAUUUUUUGUUGGGGCGCCCCAAUCCCCACUUGCCCGCUGACGUCAUCGACCCGGAAAUCAAAUGUUUUCGCCGAAGAUGGUUUCAUGCACAGCAGAUCGUGGAUCAGGUGUGGAGCCGGUGGUUACGGGAAUACCUGCCGACCCUCACGACCCGCAACAAAUGGACCCGAUCGCAAAACAACUUGGAGGUGAACGACAUGGUGCUUAUGGUGGAUCCAAAGUCGCCGCGCGGGCACUGGCCAAUUUGUCGUGUUGCCAGAGUUUUACCUGGCUCUGAUGGUGUAGUACGCGUGGCCGAAAUCAUUACGAAGUCCGGCAGGACCUAA